CUAAUUGGACGUUGUAAACGUCACAUUAUUACCAUUGUAGAAACCCAAUAAUUAAUAAUAACUGGAUUGGAUCAAAAACGCAGAAAAUUUCAAGUUUUGUCUUCCUUUCUUCACGUUAUCUUUGUCGCUCUUUCUUUCCUUUUCUACUCUCCAAAAAAAAAAAAAAAAAAAAAAAAAAGAGAGAGAGAGAGAAAAUCAAAAUCCCAUCUUUCCCCAGUCUCUGAUAAUUCACGAUCUCAAAAUCCGAUCGAAAAUGAUGCACAUGACCUUAUACUGGAGCAAGGCCGUGACUCUCCUCAUCGACUCAUGGAAGACCGAUUCAUGGACGAGUUAUCUCCUCACCUUACUAGCCUGUUUCCUCGUCUCGGCUUUCCACCAGUACCUGGAGGAUAGACGGAUCAGAUUCAAAGCCUCCCUCGCCGCCGAUCGAUCUCCGCCGUCGAUCGACGCGCCGCUCCUUUUUAAGCUUGGCGGCCGGCGAGGUUUCGGUCCGGCACGAAUCGCGUCGGCCGUGAUGUUCGGGAUCAACUCGGCGAUCGGAUACCUCCUGAUGCUGGCCGUCAUGUCGUUCAACGGCGGCGUUUUGGUCGCCGUCGUUUUGGGGUUAUCCGUCGGUUAUUUCUUCUUUAGGGCUGCUGAUGAAGAGAUCGUCAUCGUCGAUAAUCCCUGCGCUUGUGCUUGACCGAAUAUUUUUAUUAUUAUUAUUAUUUAUUAAUUUUUUCUUUUUC